UGCAUCCGUAUGCGAACUGUUCGCGGCUCGUCGUUGUGGCUGUCGGUCGAGAAGGACGCCGCUGAGAUGCGCGACGCGCUGCUGACGCCCGUCAGACGCUUCCCGUGGGCGACCAACGUGACGCUGUACGGCUGCCUGUUCGCGGCCGGAGAUUUCGUCCACCAGCGCUUCUCGCGUAAAGAACGAGUGGACUGGACUCACACGAGAAAUGUGGCCGUAGUCGCGUUCGGUUUUCACGGAAACUUCAAUUUCUUUUGGAUGCGCUUUCUGGAGCGACGCUUCCCCGGUAACGCGCUGCGGGCGGUGCUGCGGAAGCUGCUGCUGGACCAGACGCUCGCCGCGCCGCUCGCCAUCAGCGCCUUCUACACAGGUGUGAGCUUCAUGGAGGGCAGAGAGGAGAUGCUGCAGGACUGGAGGGAGAAGUUCCUCAACACGUACAAGACGGGCCUGAUGUACUGGCCGGUCAUGCAGGUAAAUCGGUCACUUUCACACACACUUCUGCAGCAGACGGUCACGGCCUGGAUCUCACACGUUCAUGCUCUUCAUGACACACAGUUCCUGAACUUCGCUCUGGUUCCUCCGCUGAUCCGCACCGCCUUCACCGGCUGCUGCGGCUUCAUCUGGGCCACGUUCCUCUGCUUCUCGCAGCAGAGCGGAGACGGCACCAUCACGGCGGCUCUGGACUGGGUUCGGGGCGUCGAGCACAAACCACAGGAACGGACCUCGGGAACGGACAGAGCUGAAUGAUGAAAGAAGGACUGAGAUGUUCCUUCGGUCUGUUUCUGUUUUUUAUUUAAAACACACAGAGAUUCUUUUAUGACCCGUCUGUACUUGCUGCAGAUCCAGUUUUUAAGGUUUCUCUUUUAAAACACGGAAAGGUUUUUUAAAGACAUCAAUUAUAUUGAAUUCUCUGUGUUGGUUUUGUUUGUCUCUGUUUCUUGUUAAAUGUUUGUUUCGGUGUCAUUCACACAGUUCCCGAUCGUUAUUUUGCUAAUGAAUGUAUGUAUGUAGCCUAUGUAUUGUGUGUUUGACAUGGGUUUAUUUAGUAUUUCAGCAUUUUUCUCUCUGCAAAUAUGGCAGGUUUAGCCUUCACAAUUAUAAAUGAAUGAUCACUAGAUUUUGUUUGGUCACGUGCCAUGUUUCUGUCAGCUGUUUGACUUUGUAUUUGAUGCUUUGUUUUGCCUGCUUUGUAAUUUUAUGGAAACAUGUUAUUUGUUUGUUUAAAUGCUCAUAUAUCCUCUAUAUUUGUGUUCGAAGCAGCUAAUUCAUGGUUCAAACAUAUCUUUUUCUUUUUCAUCCAUCUUACGGCACAUUUAUUUCGAUUUUGCACACUACAGCAGGUCCAGCGCAAUGAAAUUAUUUAAAAUGUAUUCAAUAGGUUGAUGCUUAUUGUUUAGCGAUUUGUUAAUAUCUUGAAUAUCUUCAUAAUCUUUUUUUUAAUUAUUAUUCAAACGAAUGAGUCGGGUACAAAUAUGGUACUGUCCUGUCUGUGUAGUAUUUACUGUAAAUUAUAUGUUAACAGAAUAAAACCAUGUUAAGGAAAGAUUUUA